AUGACCGACCCUCCACACCGUGCAGGUCCUGUGAGGCGACGCUCAUCUCUUGCCUAUGAUCCUGCCCGAGACAUAUUCAAAGAACUGCCUGAUACAAUAGCAGAGGCUGUCAUCACCGAAGACGCAGAAGGCAAGCCAGAGGAUACUGUUGCCGUGACGUCGAGCCCGAAUGGCCACGGCAGCGCCCAGGACCAGACUCGAAAGCGGAGGAGGUCGGUCUCGAUCGGAGCAGACGGCCAAAACAAGCCCAAAGAGCAGCCUAGAGGGCAGAACGAGUCUCCUGACGUGAACAAAAGACAACGCACUUCAGGUUCAUCUCCGAGUGUAGAGAGACCCUCACCUAAGUCACAGACAAACGGGAUUCACAAGGACAAACCAACCCCAAGAACACCAGCAGAUUUGCCACGAAUUCCACGUAAACCAAGAGAGGAAGGAGAAAUUUCUACGUCACAAUCAGUUCCGUCUGCUUUCAGUCGACGAUCAGAGCGUGAUGACCAACGAAGAAAUGGCGGCUUCCAAAGAAGAUCUCGGUCCCCCCGCCGGCGGUCUCCAGUACACUUCAAUCGACGACGGUCUCCACCCCGAGAACGUCGCAGAUCACCUUCCCCAAUCCGUGACUCUCCUCCCCGGGAAUUCAUUCGCCCUGGAGGUGCCCGUGGCCGAGGCCGCAAUGUGCUAGCCGAACAACAACGUUUGGCCGCAGAGCGAGAACAGCAAAGCACAAGCCUACAAGCCCAGACCAAUCGGGGUGUCCAAGACGUUUCAAAUCAAUUCUACAAUGCACGACCUGAGUGGGUGAAAGAACGUGGACGCGAAUGGCGCAAAAACGAGUCACAGAUCAGGGGGCUACGCAGUUUCAACAAUUGGGUCAAAUCCUGUCUCAUCCACAAAUUCAGCCCGGAGGAGAAAGGAGAGGUGGAAGAGCUUGGCUGGGGCGAGGAGGCCAAGGAACCCGAACAGCAGAGACCGCUCCUUGUCCUCGACAUUGGUUGCGGCAAAGGUGGUGAUCUUGGGAAAUGGCAAUUAGCUCCCCAGACGGUCGGACUGUACGUUGGCCUCGAUCCUGCGGAGACAAGUAUCCAACAGGCGCGCGAACGCUACCAGCAGAUGCGACGUGGGCGUCGGCCAAUCUUUGAUGCUCGCUUUUUGCCUCAAGAUUGCUUUGGUGCCUGGAUCGGCGAUGUAGGCAUCGUCCGCGAAGUCGGCAUCGACCCCAAUGUGGGCAGUGGCCAGCCAAGCCGCUGGGGCGGUGGUGGAUUUGAUGUCGUGGCAGCAAUGUUCACCAUGCACUACGCAUUUGAGUCGGAAGAGAAAGUGAAGAUGAUGCUCCGUAAUGUGGCGGGCAGCUUGAAGAAGGGGGGCCGGUUCCUUGGCGUUGUGCCCAAUAGCGACGUGAGCGCAGAGCAUAUCCGGAAAUGGUACGCUGACAAGGCGACAAAACAGGCACAAGAGCCUGCAACUGACAACUCCGACGCGUCGAACAAGGAAGAAGGCGAGGCACAGGAGGAGGAAGAAGGUCCAUCCUGGGGCAAUUCGCUAUACCGAGUUCGUUUUCCAGUCGACCCUUUGCGUCCAUUACAGCCUGACGGGUCUUUCCGCCCGCCCUACUCGUGGAAAUACAUGUAUUGGAUGACCGAAGCCGUGGACGUGCCGGAAUUCGUUGUGCCGUGGGAGGCCUUUCGCGCCAUCGCAGAGUCGUACAACCUAGAACAGCGGUACCGGAAGCCAUUCUUGGAAAUCUGGGAGUCGGAGCUCGGCAAUCGAGAAAUGAUGGCCCUUGCAACUCGGAUGGGGGUCACCCGGUAUGAAGGCGGAGAGCCGGUCUUGUCGACUGAAGAAUUAGAGGCCGUGGGGUUCUACCAUGCUUUCUGUUUUGUCAAGGUCUGA